CACACACACGCGCGCACACACACCCCAUUGAUCAAUAUUUGGCCGUCUUGCUGCAACUUGCUGCAGUCUUUUAAAGGAGUAGUAGAGAGCGAGGGAGAGAGAAAGGGAAACUGACAGGAAGGGGUAAGGAGCUACACAUGUCACAUGUGCUUUCUAAGACGGCCAGGAGCAUCUGCAGGCUGGAUCUGGUGGAGGAUGCUGCGGCAGGUGAUACACAGAGGGCUCCAGUCGUUUUUCUACAAGCUGGGCUUAUUCGUGAGCAGGCAUCCGGUGUUUUUCCUUACUGUGCCCGCAGUCCUGACCAUCAUCUUCGGCUUCAGCCUGCUCAACCGCUUCCAGCCUGACACUGACCUGGAGAGCCUGGUAGCCCCCAGCCACAGCCUGGCCAAGAUCGAGAGGAGCUUAGCCAGCAGCCUUUUCUCCCUCGAUCAAUCCAAAAGCCAGCUGUAUUCGGACUUGCACACCCCGGGAAGGUAUGGCAGGGUGAUUCUCCUCUCCAAACCUGGAGGCAAUAUUUUGCAUCAGGCUGAUGUGAUCCUGCAGAUCCACCGAGCCGUGCUGGAAAUGAAGGUGAACUACAAAGGCUAUAAUUAUACUUUUUCCCAUCUGUGUGUGUUGAGAAAUCAGGAUAAGAAAUGCGUGCUGGAUGAUAUUAUUUCAGUUCUAGAGGAUCUGAGGCAGGCUGCCCUCUCCAAUAAGACAACAGCCAGGGUGCAAGUGAGCUAUCCCAACACUAAAUUAAAGGAUGGAAGAAGCAGUUUUAUUGGCCACCAGCUUGGAGGGGUCAUGGAAGUACCAAACAGCAAGGACCAGAGAGUCAAAUCAGCCCGAGCCAUCCAAAUCACUUACUACCUCCAAACGUAUGGCUCUGUCACCCAGGACCUCAUUGGGGAGAAAUGGGAGAGUGAGUUCUGUAAACUGAUGCACAAGAUGCAGCUGGAUCACCAAGAUCUGCAGCUCUACUCACUAGCAUCCUUUAGUCUCUGGAAGGACUUUCACCAGACAAGUCUCUUGGCCAGGGGCAAGAUUUUGGUGAGCCUGAUGUUGAUUCUCCUGACUGCUACCCUCUCGAGCUCCAUGAAGGACUGCCUGCGCAGCAAACCUUUCCUGGGACUCUUGGGAGUACUCACUAUCUGUAUUUCCAGUGUCACUGCGGCAGGGAUAUUUUUCAUUACUGAUGGAAAAUAUAAUUCUACUCUGUUGGGAAUCCCUUUCUUCGCUAUGGGUCAUGGAACCAAAGGAGUGUUUGAACUUCUUUCAGGAUGGCGUCGAACCAGAGAGAAUCUGCCAUUCAAAGACAGAGUAGCCGAUGCCUACUCAGAUGUCAUGGUCUCCUACACAAUGACAAGCUCUUUGUACUUCAUAGCCUUUGGCAUGGGUGCAAGUCCUUUCACCAACAUUGAAGCUGUAAAAGUGUUUUGUCAGAACAUGUGUGUCUCUAUCCUGUUGAACUACUUCUAUAUCUUCUCAUUCUUUGGCUCCUGCCUGGUCUUUGCUGGCCAGUUGGAGCAGAAUCGUUAUCACAGCAUCUUCUGCUGUAAAAUCCCUUCAGCAGAAUACCUGGACCGGAAACCUGUGUGGUUCCAGACCAUGAUGAAUGAUGGCCAUCAACACACUUCCCAUCAUGAGACCAACCCAUACCAGCAUCACUUUAUCCAGCACUUCCUCCGAGAACAUUACAAUGAGUGGAUUACCAACAUCUAUGUUAAGCCAUUUGUGGUGAUACUGUAUCUCAUCUAUGCCUCUUUCUCCUUUAUGGGGUGCUUACAGAUUAAUGAUGGAGCCAACAUUAUCAACCUUCUUGCCAGUGAAUCUCCAAGCGUUGCCUAUGCCCUCAUACAACAAAAGUAUUUCAGCAACUACAGCCCAGUGAUAGGUUUCUAUAUUUAUGAACCUCUGGAGUACUGGAAUGGCACUGUGCAAGAAGACCUAAAGACAUUAAGCCAAGGGUUCAAUACAGUGUCCUGGAUUGAACAGUACUACCAGUACCUUCGAGGGGGCAACAUCAGUGCAACCAACAAAAGUGACUUUAUCAGCAUCCUCCAGAGCUCAUUUUUAAAAAAGCCAGAAUUUCAGCACUUCAAAAAUGACAUAAUUUUCUCCAAAGCUGGGGAUGAGAACAAUAUAAUUGCUUCUCGUUUGUACCUGGUGGCCAGGACUAGUGAAAACACACAGAGGGAGGCAAUAGAAUUGUUGGAGAAGCUGAGACCACUCUCUCUUAUACAGAGCAUCAAGUUCAUUGUGUUCAAUCCUACUUUUGUUUUCAUGGACCACUAUGGUUUGUCAGUCACUAUGCCUGUCCUGAUUUCUGGUUUUGGCAUCCUGCUGGUGUUAAUACUGACCUUUUUCCUGGUUAUCCAUCCUCUGGGAAAUUUCUGGUUAAUACUCAGUGUCACCUCAAUAGAGCUGGGUGUCCUUGGCUUGAUGACCUUAUGGAAUGUAGACAUGGAUUGCAUUUCUAUACUGUGCCUUAUCUACACUUUGAAUUUUGCCAUAGAUCACUGUGCACCCCUGCUUUAUACAUUUGUACUAGCUACUGAGCACACCCGAACUCAGUGUAUAAAGAACUCCCUUCAAGAGCAUGGGACAGCCAUUUUGCAGAAUGUUUCUUCUUUUCUUAUUGGGUUGGUUCCCCUUCUCUUUGUGCCUUCAAAUUUGACCUUCACACUGUUCAAAUGCUUGCUGCUUGCCGGCAGUUGCACACUUCUGCACUGUUUUGUUAUUUUGCCCGUCUUUCUAACCUUUUUUCCACCUUCCAAAAAGCACCACAAGAAAAAGAAACGGGCCAAAAGGAAGGAACGAGAAGAGAUUGAAUGCAUAGAGAUACAGGAGAAUCCUGAUCAUGUUACAGCAGUCUGAAAGGCUUAGAAAAAAUAGUAGUAUAUUCUCUUUUUAAAAAAGCGUUGCACAGAGAUGCAGGGAAAAUAGAGCAAAGAUCUCAGCUGCUUGUGCUGGCCAGGUCUGACAAGGCAAAAGAAGAUCAAGAAGGGGUAUUCAUGACACAUCAAGGUGCAAUUUAUCUUUUUUUUUUUAAACAAAAAUUAUGAAAGUAAAAAUAUUCUCAGAUGUUUCUAUUGAAUCCUCAG